UGUCAGAGCCAGCAGAAGGAAGCAGCGCUGACUGAGCCCGGGGCACAGCGUGUCCCCGCAGCCCGGAGCAGCCCCCGUCACGCAGGUUGCAGUUUCUUUAACCCAUGUCAGAAGACAGCUGAUCGAGUACCAGAUUUCUGAAAGAAAGAGCUUUAUAUAGAUUUGGAUCCAGGACCAUGGUUUGAAGACCAUGAGUGAAUGCUCAGUCGGCUACAAAGAAGAGAGCUCUGGCAGCGGUGGGGCGGUGCCGUCGCUCAGCGCUUGGUUCCCGUCAGAUGGACACAGCCACCCCUGGGAGACGGUGACGACGGCGGCCAUGCAGAAGUACCCCAACCCCAUGAACCCCAGCGUGGUGGGUGUCGAUGUGCUGCAGAGACACGUGGACGCGGGAGGGAAGCUGCACAGCCACCGCCUGCUCAGCACCGAGUGGGGCAUCCCCGCCAUCGUCAAGUCGCUCAUUGGCACGUGCAGGACAAAGACCUAUGUCCAGGAGCACUCUGUCGUUGACCCAGUGAAAAAAACAAUGGAGCUGAAGUCCAGCAACAUUUCCUUCACAAACCUGGUGUCAGUAGACGAGAGGCUGGUCUAUAAACCCCACCCUCAGGAGCCAGACAAAACCAUUUUGACACAAGAAGCAAUAAUAUCAGUGAAAGGGGUCAGUCUCAGCAGUUACCUGGAAGGGCUGAUGGCAAACACCAUCUCCUCCAACGCUAAGAAGGGCCGUGAAGCAUUGGAAUGGGUAAUUAAUAGACUGAAUGCAGAAAUUGAAGAGUUUGCAGCUUCAGCAAGAGGAACCAUGAGGAAUUCGAUGGCAGCAGCCGCCUUUGCAGAGAAAUGAUAGUAAAUAUGCCUGGAUCACUAAUGACAUUUAACAGCUGAAGCUUCUCUCCAAACCUAAAUACACAGAUCCUUUGUUAUUUAAAGGAUACCUGUGUAUUGGGCGUUCACAUUUCAUUUGGAGAAAAGCUGAUUCUAGCAAAGGAGGCUGAAGCACAGAGCCUGGGCAGUGUUUGGUGCCGCUGGACCGAAGCUCGGUUACAGACAGAGAAGUAAUUUUCAAGUAUAGUUCCUAUAUUUACAUGAACACUAACUUAUAAUGUUUUCAGAUAUGAAAUCACCUCAUUUAGCCGUGAGGCUAAAUAUGGUGGAGACUGGCAUGUUAGGUUAACUUCUGUGGAAUUGUUAUUUUUGUGUGACUUAUGGACUACCUCCUUUGGGACCAAGCCCAAAAUUAAGCAGAAUGGUUUGUUCUGGCAUUGUUCUGUUUGUUGAUUUUUGAUAGUUGUGUGAUAUAACUUGGUUUAACACAAAGUUUAUUACUUGACGCAUGAAAUACAAAAGAAUCUACAAAAUAUUUUUGAUAAGGUUUUUAACUUGUUUGGCUGGUUGAGCUAACAUGGUACUCAAAAUGGUUUUUGGUCAAUAUAGCUAAAACACACAGUGUCUCAUACCUACUGAGACCUAAAUUCUAUUGCUAAUUGCGUCAUUAAUGAGCUGGGCAUGCAGUAACUUCAAAUGAAAUUUUAUCUUAAACUUCUACAAUAAAUAUCUCUGUUUGUAAAAGCCAGUUAAAUAAAGGGGCACAGAGCCUUAAAAUCCCACAAGCUGCCCAGGUGUCUAAGAGUGGUUGGUGUUCACGUGAACAUUUCAAACAGCCACCUAAAGGACUAAAAAUCCUUGAAGAAGCUGGCUAAAGGGGUACCUAAACAUAAGAGGAUGUGAUAUUAAAGAACGUUAACGAUACAGUCAUUAACUUGAUCAUGCUCCAAAAAUAACGUGUUACAUCAACUGCAUAUUGUCAUGUCCUUUAAUUUAACCGCAGUGUUCUACCUUCCAGAAGGUCCUUUACCCUUUGAACUCAUUUGCUCACAACACAAGGCUCUUUAAAUGAAAACCUGGAGAAUAAAGAGUUUUCUACAGUUUGUGUUUGUUUCUUGGCACUCGCUGUAGAUGCCUGGUGCUGUCACCACUGGUAGCUGUGGGAUGUGAAGGUCAGACCGUGACACCCUUCGUACCCUCAGAAGGUGGCUGCUGGUGCCGCUGCCGGCCCCCGGGGCUCCCGCAGCGCGACGGGGCCGGGCAAGGACACGGCCCUGAAUCGGCUGAUGUUUGGGUUUUGGUGCCAGAGGUUUUUCCUGGAAUUUUCAUUCUAAGCUUACGAGUAAUUUCAAGAGUCUCUCUCAGCCUUUAAGCACACUUUCCGUUGCCUGCCAUUUCCGUUAUAUCAGAGUUGCCGCUUGACCGGUCUCUGCUGCACAGAGAGCCAGAGCUUAUUUAACGUGAUAAUAAACACAGGGAACACAGGCCUCAGUAACAUUGGUGUAGGGGGAAAAGAACUGGUAUAGAGAUAUAUAUAAAACUUCUAAAACUUUAACUAUGCUAAAUAUUUUUGUAAAAAUAAAUGGCUUGAGACUACCUCAAUAAAUUUAAAACAUUGAGGUUUGCCAUGCUUUUACAGGAGGUUAUUUAACUGAAAUAGCAUUUCAAUUUUAAAGUGUGAAACUUCUGCAAAAUGGCACCAUCAUUUCUGAUAAAAAUGCACUGCUUGAAACUCAUUUUAAAUGUUUGUUUAGCCAUUAGCAUCACUUGACAUUUUAAAGACAAUUUUUUUUCUUUUCCUCAUUUUUCUGCAGUAAGGAUUUUAUAGGAUGAACUCACAGUUUGCUCUUGCACUGAAAAACCUUCCAUGUUUGUAAGCAUUCAACAGCUUCUUGAAAGAUGGUGAUUUUCUUUGUUCUACUUUAUUUAUAUGCCUGCAUUUUCAUUCUGUCGGGGAGUAUGGCUUUCUGUACGUGGCGCUUUUUAAAUAAAACUUUAUCUGAGUUCUGGGUA